UUCUCUUUUAGACUGUUUGGGUAUAUUUAUUACUUUAUCGAUAUUAUAAUGAGUUUCCGCAAGAAGGUCGUUAUAGUGACGGGAGCCAGUUCAGGCAUUGGUGCUGCUACAGCUAUUAAAUUCGCUGAACAAGGGGCCAACGUUGUACUCGCUGCCAGAAAUCAGGCCAAGCUAAAGGAAGUUGCUGACAAAUGUGAAGGCUAUUGUGGCGCACACUGCAUGGUCAUUGCGGACGUCACAAAAAAUGAAGACAUAAAGAAAAUUGUAGCAACUACCGUCGAACGGUUUGGAAAAAUCGAUGUUUUGGUCAAUAAUGCCGGAGUAGGCGGGGCGGCGGCUAUCUGGGAUACGAAUGCAAUGGAAGUGUACGACAAAAUUAUGGCGACUAAUCUUCGCUCCGUGGUCUACUUAACCAACCUCGCUGCUCCUCACUUGAUUAAAACUAAAGGUAACAUUGUGAACAUAUCCAGUAUUGCCGCGGUUGAUGUUAUCUUACCAGAACAAUUUGCUUACUGUACGUCGAAGGCUGGAUUGGAUCAUUUCACCAGGUCCGUGGCACUCGACUUCGCAGCAAAAGGAGUGAGGGUCAACUCCGUUAACCCUGGUCCAGUGCAAACCAAUUUUGUUGAUAAUAUGGGUGUUAAUAAAGCUGAUGUAGACGACUUAUGGAAAAAGUUGGAGUCUAAGACACCCCUUGGCAGAAUUUCGGUUCCUGAAGAAAUUGCUGACUUGGUAUUGUUCUUAGCUAGCGAUAAAGCUAUGGCUAUAACGGGAUCGUCGUUCAUUACUGAUAAUGGGAUAUUGUUGAAGAGAGGUGAAUAA